CGCAGCCUUGCGAUUUCGUGUUCCAGAAGACGCCAUUCACCUGACCGGAAGCGAUCAGGCCGAAAAUCAGAGGAUGUGAGUUUUUGAUCAACAACGGCUUCGGAAAAUGAAACCUGUGGAGGCAGAUGUCUUAAUGGACGGGGAGCGACAGAAAGUGAAAGAUGUGCGUGUUCAAUGUCUUGAUAAAGGAAGGAGCGAGAGGAAGUGAAGGAAGGGAAGAAUCAAUAUCUUAACAAAGGACGAUGCGACUUGUGAAAGACAGUGCCCACUUAAUUCCGUGUCCGGAUCACUUCAUCAGUCACAUAACGGCUGCGAUGUUUCAACAUCGGCAGUAGCCCGCGCACCACUCUUGAUGGAUUGGAGGCUGGGAAAAGCCACGGAUUCUGGCUGGGUUUCUGACAGGAUCAAGUUGAGGGAGCACGGUACUCCAAUGCCGUAUUGGUUAUUCCUGUUCUCUUUGCAACCUGCAGAGAUGUAUCUGCCUUCCACAAUCACUACAAAACAACAUCAUCAGCUUCGACAAGUUGGAUCCCUAUUAUCAGAGGACAUCAAGUAGCCUAUGUGAUGCCACCAACCAUCAUGACAGCGAGGGAUGAGAAGAAUAACGACAUAGUCGGCUGGGUGGCUGACCCAAAUGGCAGAGGUACUUCCGGCCUCGUCAUAUCCUGCCUCCUUACUUUGGGACUUUGUGUAUGGAGUGCAAUGCAUCUCAAUAUUCCCGUAAAGCAUGAGGGCCAGCGGGAAUUUUGGCUGCGGCGCGUGAAAUGGUCAACUUGCGGAGUGCCAAUUCCUGAGCUGGUCGUUCUUCUAGCCUGGAGACAGUGGACUUCAGCAGGGAGGCUCACCAAAGAGGUCAACAAAAUCUUUAACAAUGGGAAAUCUACGCUACCACUAUCGAAUUCCAAUCCAAGAUCACUUCCGUCUACGGCUGAUAUAUCUUGCAACGACUUUGCCAAUAUCACUCGGCGAAAACAUAUGUGGACAAACAUACACAGCUUCUAUGCUGGAUCAGGUGGAUUUGUUUUCGAAUUGGAUGAAUCCAAGAACGGUUGCGGUCUUGAACCCUUUGUGUCUGGUCCCCAGAGGCUUACGUUAACGGCCCAUGGGGUACUGCUGCUAGCCAGAAGUGGGCUUGUACCUGACGUAGACAAGCGAGAAAUUCUGGACAAGUCGAAAACAGACGCAUUAGCCAAAUCACUAGUACUUCUGCAAGCUGGCUGGAUGCUGCUUCAGACAGUUGGGAGAAUAGCUACUCGCAUCCCAAUUUCACUCUUGGAAGUGAACACUAUCGGACAUAUCAUGUGUGCUUUUGUUGUUUACUUGCUGUGGUGGAAUAAACCAAGAGAAAUCCACGAGCCUACAGUCUUGAGGGGAGAUUGGGUCGACUCCAUGUGUGCUUACAUGUAUAUGAGCAGUCGGAUAAGCGGUCCGAAUACCAAGGGCAUUCUAAAACCACGAUCGUGGGUCACACCAGAAUUGCGAAGAUGUCUUUACUUGGAAUCCGACAAUGGCAGUAAUCCACCCGUCUCCUCGCCUCAUAGCGAUGUGAUCGAAGCUUUUAGCGAUCCUUCGAACUCAGACUCUCCGAUGGAUAUAAAUCAAGAAGACGACUUGGCUAGCACACGAACAGUUCAAUCCAGGGGCAUGCUUCAAAUGCAACCUUCCCGAUACCCUGAUUCUCAGAAGACAAUAAGCCGAAAGCUGAUGAUGGGCUGGAUAUCACAGCCCAUUUCCGAUACGUUUAUCUUACGUGAAGCUCGACAUAAGCUCGUUGUUGAGGCCAUUCAGAAGUUUCCAGCUGUCAAGAAUCGCUUCAAAAACUUACCUUCAGACACUGAGGAUGUACACCGUAAUAUAACAGCAACUUAUGAACCCUUCAUCGAGCAACUUGUUGUUCGUCGUGCCAGAAACUGGCCAUCCGACUUUUUGCUUCCUGGUCUCAAGGGCGAGACUAUGGGCAUGACACUCUGGCUCGCAACUAUGAUUUAUGGCGGAGUUCAUAUCGCCGCUUGGAACGAGUACUUUCCUACUGAAACUGAGAGGCUGCUGUGGCACUUAUCGUCAGUGUAUAUCACACGUUCUGGAUUACUGUGGCUCCUGAUGAAUGUCAUGGGAGCUGUGAGCCCGUGGGCGAAGUCGUAUUGGCAUCGGUUCAUAGCUCUUCAGGCAUUUUGGAUAGAAUAUGUUUUCUAUGGAGUUAUAGCUACUGCGUGUGGUGUUCUGUAUAUUCUCGCCAGAGCUUUCUUGGUGGUUGAUGCGGUUGUUACUCUGAGGCAAAUCCCGGCGCAAACUUACGCGACGCCGGAGUGGUCGGAAAUUAUCCCUCAUCUGUAGCGAUUCACACGGUGGUAGCCAUUGAGGAUUUAAUAAUGAGAAUAUCAGAUUCUUUCAUGUUCAGCAUGCGAAACCUUUUCAGUCCUUCGUUGAGUGAACAGAUGCAAGCCAGAGUGCUUUUGUUGACAGGGAGUGGAGGUUCCAGGGGCCUUAAACGAGAAGUUACUUUAGAGGCUCGGCAACUCGCUAUCUAACUCCUAAGCUGCCCUAACACAGUUUUGAAGGGAGGAGCGCUGGCGCGAGAUGCUAAAUUAAUAGUCUGGUAAUGGCCUGUACUACAGAGCCCGCACACUGACUUUGGCCCUGUUGAAAAAGUGUGUUUCGAAUGGCAUUUAAGGCGAUAGGGCUUCACUUCGUUACGAACUUGGUUGAACAUAACAAGAAUCAACUUCGUAGAAAUCGGGGCCUAGAUACCAGGUUGCUACUGGUCCAGAUGGAAGUC